UUUUGACAACACUAAAUGGCAGCAGUGUCUUUACUAAUAGCGAAAAUAUAAGUUUAUCUACUUCAAGAACCACACCGUUAUUACCCGUACUAUAUAUAAAAUUCAACCAUUUGUCUGUGAUGCAUUUUGCUAUCACAAUCGAAAAGAGAGUGAUCUCUCAUAUCUCAUGUCAUGUUCAGACAUGAUUCAGACACACUUUGGCCCAAGUGUUGGGGAUAUUUAGUUUUCAAAAGCAUGUGAAUGUUAAUCCUGGAAGAAAAAGAAAUGUUAGUUGUGAUUAAUUAAAAAAAUUCUGGAACAAGAUCAAUGUACCUCAUUUAUGGAAUGUUUCAGGGACAUACUAAUUUUAUCAAAAUUAUAAUGUUGUAUUUUAUAGAAGUUGCCUACUUUCUGCUAUUACAUCAGGGCUCACUUCAUAUUUCUCUCUUUGAAUUAUUUUGAUGUACUGAAAAUGAAAUUAUUUUCCUUCAUUUCCAGACCUGAUGGAGGAGAGUGAAGAACUGAGUGAAGUGGAGGAGAAACAUCAUGACAAACCUGGAGAAAAACAUUUGAGUCGCUCAAAGACUAAAAAGAAAGUUUUAAAGAAAAGAAGAGCAAAGAAAUCCACAACCUGCACUCAGUGUGGAAAGAGUAUAUCAACCAAACAUCUUGAUGAGCACAUGAGAGUUCAUACUGGAGAGAAGCCAUUCACAUGUGAUCAGUGUGGAAAGUGUUUCACACAAAAAUCAAAUCUUAAUCAACACAUGAGGUUUCACACAGGAGAGAAACCGUUCACAUGUGAUCAAUGUGGGACAAGCUUUGCACUAAAAAUACAUCUUAAGAAACACAUGAAGAUCCACACAGGAGAGAAGCCGUUCACAUGUGAUCAAUGUGGGAAGAGUUUCCCAUACAAACAAAGUCUUAAGACUCACUUGACAGUUCAUACUGGAGAGAAGCUGUUCACAUGUGAUCAGUGUGGGAAGAGUUUCACACAAAAAAUUCACCUUAAGAUUCACAGGAGGAUCCACACUGGAGAGAAGCCGCAUGUAUGUGAUCAAUGUGGGAGGAGUUUCACGUGUUCAACACACCUUAAAAAUCACAUGAGAAUCCACACCGGAGAGAAGCCGUUCAUGUGUGAUCAGUGUGAAAAGAGAUUCACAUACAAAGAAAGUCUUGAUCGUCACCUGAAAGUUCAUACAGGAGAGAGACCGUUCACAUGUGAUCAAUGCGGGAAGAGUUUCAUGGAUUCUUCAAAACAUAAAAGACACGUGAAAAUCCACACUGGAGAGAAGCCGUACGUAUGUGAUAAAUGUGGGAUGAGUUUCACGGAUUCAGGAUACCUUAAGAGUCACAUGAGAAUCCACACUGGAGAGAAGCCGUAUGCAUGCGAUAUAUGUGGAAAGAGUUUCAAGGAUUCAGGAUGCCUGAAGAGUCACAUGAGAAUCCACACUGGAGAAAAGCCUUUCAUGUGUGAACAGUGUGAAAAGAGAUUCGCAAACAAACAAAAUCUUAAGCUUCACAUGAGGAUCCACACUGGAGAGAAGCCGUUCACAUGUGAUCAGUGCGGGAAGAGCUUUAAAGAUAAAUCAAGUCUUGAGCUUCACAUGAGAGUUCACACCGGAGAGAAGCCAUACAUGUGUGUUCAAUGUGAAAAGAGAUUCACUCACAGACAAAAUCUUAAUGCUCACAUGAGGAUCCACACUGGAGAGAAGACGCACACAUGUGAUCACUGUGGCAAAACAUUUAUUGGGUCAUCAAACCUGAAGAAACAUCUGACAGUUCAUACGAAGGAGAAGCCACAUUCAUGUUCUGUGUGUGGAAAGAGUUUUUCACUGCUGCAAAGUUUACAGAGACAUCAGAAAAUACACACUGGUGUGAGAGAGUACAUGUGCUUUGAGUGUGAGAAGACCUUUAUUUCAGCGAAACAUUUAAAAUUACACCAGAGAAUUCACACUGGAGAAAAACCUUAUAAGUGUUCACACUGUGACAAGAGAUUCAGUUGUUCAUCACAUCUGAAAACACAUGAAAGGAUCCACAGCAGAGAGAAGCUGCACACGUGUGAUCAGUGUGGAAAGAGUUUCUCUUAUAAAAGUAAAUUGAAGCUUCACAUGAAGAUCCAUGCAGUGGAGAAACCACUUAGUCGAGAAACCACUUAGUUUCCUAACAGCCAUGAUGAGUGACGGGACAUUUUGUUGGUUGAUUGUAGGGGUGGGUGAUCUGAUGAGUUUAUAUCAUGUUUUAUCUUGAAGACGUCCAUGAACCACUUUUCAAGACAAUCGUAGAGAUUGUGAUCACGUAGUUACAGUAAUUACGAUAUGGCGUAAAUGCACCUUUACAUAGUGCCGAAAACACCUAGGUAACUCUGUGUACAGUGGUGUGAAAAAGUGCUUACCCCCUUCCUGAUUUUAUUAUUUUUUUGCAUGUUUGUCAAACUUUAAUGUUUCAGAUCAUCAAACAAAUUUAAAUAUUAAUCAAAUAUAACACAAGUAA